AAGGGUCGGCGUUCGCGCGGCGGCUGGCCAAGCGUGCUCACCAGUCGAGGACCAACCGUCGCGAGUUACACACGAACGAAUUCCGAGCAGCAACCAUGGUUUACGAAAGUGACUUCUAUACAACACGCCGGCCAUACCGGUCCACCUACAGCACGACGCCGUUGUCAUCGGUGUACUACAUAUCUUCACUACUACCGGGUUACAAUAUCCCCUACGUCACGUAUAUACCCAAGCUGUCUCAGGCAGAAUUGAUAUACCGGCCUACAACUCGCACCGUCACUCGACUCGUCACGUACCCCGAGGCGCCGCACCACAUCGUGCGCGUCCGCGUGCGUCCGUCCGUCAUCUUGCGGGAGCUGGACCGCAUCGCGUACCGCCGCCGACCCGCGUACUCUGUGUCUGCUCUUGAUGAUUACUACCGCGACGAAUGUACUAAGAAUUUCGAAGAUGAGACCCGUCGCAUCAGAGCGGAUACGGCAUCGCUGCUGAACCGCGCUCGCUCCGUCGUCCCGCGAGCCAAAACUAUUGCACCUUUAGACACUAUCUACUCAUACUCCUACGGAGAGCCGGUCCCAUACCGUUUCAGCAAUGACGCAUACGUCGCUAAAUUGCUCUUGCCUCUUAGAAGCGUUUCUGACAACAUCCACAACAUCUCGUUCUACAACGAGCCAGCUAAGAAGUUUACAGGACGCGGCAACCUCGCGUGCGUGCACUACUCCGGCAAUAAGGCCUUCUCCAACCGCAGACCCCUCUACAAAGAACUUAGCAUCAGGGAUGACGUGAACCUCCUAUCCUUCUACGCGAAGAACAGACUCGCGGCCGCCGGUUUGGCCGUCGAGAACGUCACAGUGAAACUCCUGCCGUGGAGGCCGAGCCGCAAGUUCCAGGCGCCUCAGAUGAUGGAGGACCCGGAGAUCGAGCUGAAGGCGGCCAAGGCGGAUCGCGAGGCAAGGUUCCGCGCGACCACCGCCGAGCCAGUCCUGACUCCGUCCGUCGAUCUGGCUGAGAUCAAGCGGAAAAGGCAGGAAGAAGCUCGUGCUGCUGAAGAAAAAGCUCUGAAAGAAGAAGCUAAACGUGAAGCUGAAAGAAAAGCCCAGGCUGACCGUGAAGCUGCUGAGAAAAAGAAAGCAGAAGAAGAAGCACGCAAAGCCGAAGAAGCUAAACGUAAAGCUGAAGAGGAAGCCAGGAGAGCUGAGGAAGAAGCUAAAUUGGCUGAAGAAGCAAGAUUAGCUGAAGAGGCGCGAAAGGCUGAGGAAGCCAGACUGGCGGAAGAAGCCAGACUCGCAGAAGAAGCUAGACUUGCGGAAGAAGCCAGACUCGCAGAAGAAGCCAGACUCGCAGAAGAAGCUAGAUUAGCCGAAGAGGCGAGACUAGCGGAAGAAGCCCGAUUAGCUGAAGAAGCCAAAUUAGCCGAAGAAGCCAGAUUAGCCGAAGAAGAAAGGCUAGCCGAACAGAGAAGGCAAGAGGAAUUAGCUAAGUUGGAAGAAUUAGAACGUCAGGCUCAAGAAGAACGUGAGGCAGAACUCGCAAGACAGGCGGCUGAAUUAGCCGAAAUUGCAAGACAAGAAUCCGAGUUGGCAGCUGCUCGUUUAGAAGAACUCUCAAGAAGUGGCUCUGCUGCUGAUGUCGUCGAUGGAGAGUCAAAUGAGGUCCCAGCAGAGGAAGCAGAGCCCAUCGUUGAGGAACCAGCAAGCCCCGAAGUCGUUCCAGACAACGCAGAAGAAUCUGCAGCUGAACCCGAAGUCACUGAAGUCAGCGAAGACGAGAAAGCUGAGCCCGACGUGACUGACGAAGAAUAGAUUUAACAUUCUCGAAUGUUCCAUCAAACACAUUUUCCCGCCAAAGAAAUGUGCCUUGGAAUUAAAAAAUUGUUGUGCAUUUUCUUCUUUAAUUUGUUAAGUUACUACUAUGUAUAAUUAUGUGGAAUUUCUACAUUAAUGUUACAUUAGUAGAAUGGUAGUUAACAAAAUCACUUUCAUACGCGUAAUGUAAUUAUGCGAUAACUAGAGAGUGGACGUUAUUAAUUUUCUUUUAUUUACUACUAAGUAUUAUGUUAAAUUGUUUUAUUAACAAAGUUAAAUUAGCUUAAGGAUAUGUUACAUAUAUUUUGUUAAAUUUAACAAUAAAAGACAUGUUAAUGAAA